UUAUAAUCCUUCACCUCUUCUCAAAAACAUUAAACUCACCCCACUGUCCACCUCCUUGUGCCAAGAAAAUGCCCCCAGGCCCCAUAGCUCUGUACUAAAUCCCAUUUUUCAUUGAGUGUGUCACAAGAUCAGAUUUUUCUUCUUUUUAUCACUCUCAACCACUUAUCUCAAGGCUAUUAUAUCUUCCAUGUUUGGCCAAACCCUAGAUCUGUCUCCAUAUUGCCUGGGAAGUGAAAGGCGGAUUACAUAAUACCGAAAUCAAUUCCGGGUUUUCGAUUGAAAAGGGGAUAUAAACAAUUAACGAGAGGAGUUUGAAAAAAAAAAAAACAAUUAGAUAAAUAAAUAAAGAUGAGGGGCACAGCAUCCACAUCUGUGACGGUGGGGCUGGGGAUAGGAGAAGGAUGUGAUGACGUGGCAUAUGGCGGUUUUAGGUACUACCCGUUUACAGCUAUCCAACGUCAAGAGCUCGAGCAUCAAGCCAUGAUAUACAAGUAUCUGUUGGCUGGUCUGCCCGUGCCACCUGACCUCAUCAUGCCAAUACGCCAUAGUUUCGAGGCGCUCUCCGCCCGACUUUUCCACCACCCUUCACUGGGCUAUUGCUCCUACUAUGGGAAGAAAUUUGACCCAGAGCCCGGAAGGUGCCGGAGGACUGACGGAAAGAAGUGGAGAUGCUCGAAGGAUGCGCAUCCCGACUCCAAGUAUUGCGAGCGGCAUAUGCACCGUGGCCGCAACCGUUCAAGAAAGCCUGUGGAAUCACAAAACAACUCAUCUCAGUCCAUCCCCACUGCACUGCCACACGUGUCUGGAGGCAGCAACAUCACUGGAAACUUCCAGAACAUUCCCUUGUAUUCAGCCAUGGGCACCCAGAGUUCUCCCUAUGGAAGCAGCGUGGCGAAGCUGCAGAUGGAGCCCGUCUCGUAUGGGAUGGAUCACAAGGAAUUCAGGUAUAAUAAUAAUAAUAUUCAGGGACUGACUCCCGAUCCUGAAGGUCAAAGUUUCUCAUCAGAAGCUUCCGCACUUGGUUUGAACUGCAACUCAGGAGAUGCCACGUGGCGGCUCAUGCCCACUCAAGUCUCCUCGAGCUCCCUUCUGAAACAGAAACCCGAUACUCAGUUCCUGGGCUUGUCCUCAGCCCCACAAAAUAUGGCCCAUGCUUUUGAGCCCAUAAGUGACGCCAUUUCUAGACAGCAAGAUCAACAUGCAGUGCAUCCUUUCUUUAGCGAGUGGCCAAUGAACAAGGAAUCAUGGUCCACUCUUGAUGAUGAUGAUGAUGUGUCAAACAAGAAUGUUUUCUCCUCCACCCAGCUGUCCAUCUCGAUCCCGAGGGCAUCUUCUGGUUUUACUUUGAGGGGUGGUAACUCCCCUAAUGGAGCUGGGGAAUUAGUGCAGAUUGCGUGGGAAGUGAAAGGAGAAUUACAUAACACCGAAAUUAAUUCCGGGUUUUCGCUUUACAAGGGAAUAAAACUAGUUAAAGAGGGGAAUUUAAAAAUUAAAAUAGAAGACAUGAGUGGCACAGCAUCCACAUCUGUGACUGUGGGGCUGGGGAUAGGAGAAGGAUGUGCUGAGGUGGCAUACGGCGGUUUAAGGUACUACCCGUUUACAGCUAUCCAACGACAAGAGCUCGAGCAUCAAGCCAUGAUAUACAAGUAUCUGUUGGCUGGUCUGCCCGUGCCACCUGACCUCAUCAUGCCAAUACGCCAUAGUUUUGAGGCGCUCUCUGCUCGUCUUUUCCACCACCCUUCACUGGGCUACUGCUCCUACUAUGGGAAGAAAUUCGACCCAGAGCCCGGAAGAUGCCGGAGGACAGACGGAAAGAAGUGGAGAUGCUCAAAGGAUGCUCAUCCCGACUCCAAGUAUUGCGAGCGGCACAUGCACCGCGGCCGCAACCGUUCAAGAAAGCCUGUGGAAUCCCAAAACAACUCAUCUCACUCCAUCCCCACUGCACUGCCACGCGUGUCUGGAGGCACCAACAUCACCGGAAACUUCCAGAACAUGCCUUUAUAUUCAGUCAUGGGCUCCCAGAGUUCUCCCUAUGGGGGCAGUGUGGCGAAGCUGCAGAUGGAGCCUGUUUCAUAUGGGAUGGAUCACAAGGAAUUCAGGUAUAAUAAUAAUAUUCAGGGACUGACUCCUGAUCCCGAUGAUCAAAGUUUCUCAUCAGAAGCUUCCGGACUGGAUUUGAGCUGCAACUCAGGAGGCGCCACGUGGCGGCUCAUGCCCACUCAAGUCUCGUCGAGCUCCCUUCUGAAACAGAAACCAGAUACCCAGUUGUUGGGCUCAUCCUCAACCCCACGAAACAUGGCCCAUGCUUUUGAGCCCAUAAGUGCCGACAUGUCUAGACAGCAAGAUCAACACCCAGUGCAUCCUUUCUUUAGUGAGUGGCCAAUGAACAAGGAAUCAUGGUCCACUCUUGAUGAUGAUGAAGAUGUGUCAAACAAGAAUGUUUUCUCCUCCACCCAGCUGUCCAUCUCGAUCCCGAGGGCAUCUUCUGGUUUUACUUUGAGGGGUGGUAACUCCUCCAAUGGUGAGUAA